UUAAGAUAUGAAGAUAAUGAAUAAGUUAUUGAUAAUAGCGAUUAUAUUAUUUGAGAUUUCAAGAAUAUUUUCGAUAGAAAAUAACUCUUCAAAAUUUGUGGCGGAGUUGAACAAGUUAUUGGUGAAUGAUAAAAUUGCAGAUGACUACUGCAAUGAUAGAAGAAUAAUACGUUGCAAUAAUGGUGAGGUGAGUGACGUUAUAUUAGAUGGGGUUGAAUUAUCAGCAUUUCCUGUAGUGAUUAGAACAAUUAAAAAUACAUUAAGAAGUUUAAAAAUAGGUCAGACAAAUCUGCAAGGUAAUAUUCCGAAUGAAAUUUACGAGCUGAAUGAAUUGAUAAGUCUGGAUCUAGGAGGAAGCAAAUUUAGUGGUAGUUUAAGCGAUAAUAUUAGAAAUCUAAAUAAAUUAAGAUAUCUUAAUUUAUAUAAUUUGAAUCUAUCUGGAUCGAUACCUGAUGGUCUAUAUUCAUUAAGUAAUUUAGAACAUGUAAUGUUAGGAAGUAACAGAUUUAGUGGUAGUUUAAGUGAUAAGAUUAGAAAUCUGAAUAAUCUACAUACUCUUGAUUUAAGUGGAUCAAAUCUGUCUUGUGAGAUACCUGGUGGCCUAUAUUCAUUAACUAAAUUGGAACAUCUGUAUCUACAAGGAAACAAAUUUAAUGGCAGAUUAGCUGAUAAUAUUAGAAAUCUGAAUAUGUUACGAUUAAUUGAUUUAAGUGGAUCAAAUCUGUCUGGGUCAAUACCUGAUGGUAUAUAUUUAUUGUCUUGGUUAAGAUAUCUUAAAUUAGGAGGUAACAGAUUUAUUGGUAGAUUAAGUGAUAAUAUUAAAAAUAUGAAUAAUUUAUCAGAGCUUGAUUUAAGUGGAUCAAAUCUGUCUGGUGAGAUACCUGAUUCUAUAUAUUCAUUAGCUGAAUUGAAUUAUCUGAAUCUAAAAGGGAAUAAUUUUAGUGGUAGAUUAAGUGAUAAUAUUAUAAAACUAAAGAAUAAAUUAUUAAAACUUGAUUUAAGUGGAUCAAGUUUAUCUGGUGAGAUACCUGAUGGUUUAUAUUCAUUAAUUGAAUUAAAAGAGCUGAAAUUAGCAGAUAACAGAUUUAAUGGUAGUUUAAGUGAUAAGAUUAGAAAUCUGAAUAAUCUACACACCCUUGAUUUAAGUAAUUUAAACCUAUCUGGUGAGAUACCUGAUGGUUUAUAUUCAUUAAUUGAAUUAAAAGAGCUGAAAUUAGCAGAUAACAGAUUUAAUGGUAGUUUAAGUGAUAAUAUUAGAAAUCUGAAUAAUCUACACACCCUUGAUUUAAGUAAUUUAAACCUAUCUGGUGAGAUACCUGAUGGUUUAUAUUCAUUAAUUGAAUUACAAGAUCUGAAAUUAGCAGGUAACAGAUUUAGUGGUAGUUUAAGUGAUAAGAUUAGAAAUCUGAAUAAUCUACACACCCUUGAUUUAAGUAAUUUAAGUUUAUCUGGUGAGAUACCUGAUGGUCUAUAUUCAUUAACUAAAUUGGAACAUCUGUAUCUACAAGGAAACAAAUUUAAUGGCAGAUUAAGUGAUAAUAUCAAAAAUAUGUAUAGGUUACGAUUAAUUGAUUUAAGUGGAUCAAAUUUGUCUGGUGAGAUACCUGAUAGUAUAUAUUUAUUGUCUUGGUUAAGAUAUCUUAAAUUAGGAGGUAAUAAUUUUAAUGGUAGUUUAAGUAAUCAUAUUAAAAACAUGUGGGCUUUAUUAGAGCUUGACUUAAGUAAGUCAAGUUUAUCUGGUGAGAUACCUGAUGGUUUAUAUCAAUUGAGUCAAUUAGAAAAGUUAAGAUUAGAAGGUAACAAAUUUAGUGGUAGUUUAUCAUCUGAGAUUGGUAAUAUGAUUAAUUUAACUAGUCUAAAUCUGAGUUUUAAUCAAUUAAAUGGAACUAUACCAAAUGAAAUAGGUGAUUUAAUCAAUCUGAAAGAUUUAGAAAUGAGAGACAAUGAAUUUGAAGGUAAUAUUCCUGAUCUGAGUCGUCUAGAAUUUUUAGUAAAUAUGAAUAUUAGCUCAACAAAACAUAUUCUGAAUGCAAGUUGUGAUGAUAAAAUGUUACCUCCAUCUAUUACUAAGGACAGAUGUUUUAUUGAACCUGUGAAUAGAUUGUGCAAUAAUAUUAUAAAUUGCCAAUACAACAAUAUAUUUAUAGACAAAUCAUCAAUUGGUUCAAUAGUAUAUAUAAAUAGAUUAAAAAUAAUUAUUAUG